AUGCCGCGUUCGAAUGAUCCAAGAACGCCUUAUCCACUUGGACGUUCGACAUCUGAUUCCUUACAAGCUGCUGCUUCACUACUGAGGUUUGUUGACGACCCAGCACGGACUGUACAACCAGGGCAAGGUCGUAGAGGUGAACAUGGCGUAAUAGCAAGUGGCCGGGUCAUUCCAACUGAUGCCAGUUCGUCUCAACCUUCUUCUAGCUCUCAAGGUGAUGUGAACGUACCGAGUGUCCCGAUGCCUUCAUCACCUCCUCGCACUUCACCACGGCCUCCUACUCCGGUGAGACGUGUAUUGCGUCGAAGGGUAGGUGUAAUGCUUCCUACCCGUAUGCUGAAGCCGGCUGGCGUAGGAAGGGAGGAUCGACCCGCUGUCAUAACCAGACUGUUAAAGGAGUCACGGACUAUAAGAUCGGAAGCUCCAACCGGUUGUCAUGUGUCCCCGAAGAGAGACGACAUAUUUCAAUGGGUGGCUGUGUUGGAAGGACCGCCUGGUACCGUCUAUGAAGGUGGCACAUUUUUCUGUAAUAUUCACUUCUCCAUGAACUAUCCAACAUUGGCGCCCAAGGUAGAUUUUUCAACGAGAAUAUAUCACUGUAAUGUGAAUGCUCAAGGCGAGGUCUGUAUCGACAUUUUGAAUGAAAAGUGGGAAUCAACGAUGACGGUUCGAACGGUCAUGAUGGCGUUGAUGUCGCUUAUGUACAGCUGCAAUCCAGAUGAAGCUUUGGUACCUUCUAUCGCCAAGCAAUAUCGCGAAAAUCGAGCCGAUUUCGACAAAAUGGCACGCAUAUGGACCUAUCGUUACGCCACAUGA